CACAAAUAAUAAAUAUCUGAAAAGAAGAGGAAGUAGGUCCCACAGUUACACAGUAGUUUCAUUCAUUCUAUUCCGUUACUUCACUAUCUAAUUCUCAGUAACGUUCCUCUCAGUCACAUAUCACAUUUCUCAACCUCCAUUCAUUUUCUUUGCUCAGAAAUCAUCAUCAAGUAAAAAUGGCUACCAAUAACAACAAUGAACAAGAAUCAAAAAAAGCAACUCAUUCUUCUUCUACUGCUAAAAUUGAGUUGCCUCCAGUUGUUGCGUUGAAUGAAAGAAUACUUUCUUCCAUGGCUGAUAAGAAAGAUGCUGCUGCUCAUCCAUGGCAUGACUUAGAGAUUGGACCAGGAGCUCCAUCUGUUUUCAAUUGUGUGGUUGAAAUUGGCAAAGGAAGCAAGGUUAAAUAUGAACUGGACAAGAAAAGCGGACUUAUUAAGGUUGAUCGGAUUCUUUACUCAUCAGUUGUCUAUCCACAUAACUAUGGUUUUAUUCCAAGAACCCUUUGUGAAGAUGAAGAUCCCUUGGAUGUCCUAGUUCUGAUGCAGGAGCCUGUGAUACCUGGUUGUUUCCUUCGUGCCCGUGCUAUUGGAUUGAUGCCUAUGAUUGACCAGGGAGAGAAGGAUGACAAGAUCAUAGCAGUUUGUGCUGAUGAUCCUGAGUACCGCCAUUACAAGGACAUCAAGGAGCUCCCUCCACAUAGGCUUGCUGAAAUUAGAAGAUUCUUUGAGGACUACAAGAAGAAUGAGAACAAAAUAGUCAAUGUUGAAGACUUUCUACCAGCUGAAGCUGCUGUUAAGGCUAUUGAACACUCCAUGGAUCUAUAUGCUGCUUAUGUAGUCGGAAACUUAAGGAAGUGACUUCUUUGGACACUGGUUAGCAGCAAAUUGCAGACACAUAUCAAGUAUACUUGUAAAUGUCUAUGAAAAUCAUCACUUUGAUUUGUUUUUCAUUCUAUCGCGCUAUGCUACAAUGAUUGGCUUCUACCAAUUGACGCCUAAAUCUUUGAGUUGUUUUUCUUCUAUUAACAACAGUCACUGUGCUGUACCUCCAAGAUACUUUAGAUAAUAUGGUAGUGUAUGGUACAUUCAAAUAAUAAGCACUUUUUCUUUCUUUAAAAUUUCCCCCUCCACAGGAAGGUAGGAUUUGAUUGUAAUACAUUUUUUUUCUUUCAUUAAAGUCUUGAAAAAAAUAUAAUCAUAUCUACACCAUUUAGAGUCCAAAA